AACUCAUCUAGAGUCUUUCACAUCCAUAGCCGUAACUUUAAUCUUUUCGGUUUUGAGCUAAACCAAGACCCUCUAUCUCAGAUAGAAUCUUUUUAUAUUCAAAUGAAAAUGGUUUAGGAAAAAUCUUUCACAGUAUGAAUCCAACAUCGAGAGAGAUAGUGUUCGAACUUCGAACUAGGGUUGUUGUUCGAUAAUAAAAAACAGGAAAAGGGGUAAAGGGAGAGAGAAAGGUCUUCGCCGCCAUUACGUUCAAAAAAGGAAACUUUCUUUUUGCUGAUGGUGAUAGGCUAAACCCUCUCAGAUCCAUCAAACUGACUUAACGAAUCCACACAUUCCUGAACGGAUCAACCUCGACCCCACCACUCGCCUUCUCUCUCCCUUACACACCUUCCGCGUAUUAUCCAAAAACACAGAGAGUUUUAGAGAAGAGAUUCUUUGUAAUUAGAGUCUUCACAGAGUAUCAAUGAACACAUUCGAUAAAGAGCAUUUCAAUGUGGAGGUGAAAAACGGUUGCUUUGAUCUUCCUUUCGAGUUACAACCAGAGACCAUAGCGAUCCAAGAAGCUGUCAAAGUCAUACUAAAAGGUCUUAAUGAAGAUAUCAAUCGCGAAGGCAUUAAAAGAACUCCCUUUCGUGUCGCAAAGGCUCUCCGACAAGGAACCAGAGGUUAUAAGCAAAAAGUAAAGGACUUUGUACAGAGUGCUCUGUUUCCAGAAACAGGGUUAGACGAUGGGCAAGCAGGAGGAGUUGGUGGUCUCGUUGUGAUCCGAGACCUUGAUCAUUACUCUUACUGUGAAUCUUGUUUGCUUCCUUUUAAAGUCAAGUGUCAUGUAGGAUACGUCCCUUCUGGGGGACGCGUUCUUGGACUAAGCAAGUUCUCUAGAGUCGCUGACGUUUUUGCUAAGCGGCUUCAAGAGCCUCAGCGUUUAGCUGAGGAGAUAUGUUCGGGUCUGCAGCGUUGGGUGGAACCAUCUGGUGUCGCUGUUGUUCUCCAAUGCUCGCAUCCCCACUACGAUGGUUUUGUGGAGGCAACGGUUACCUCCGGUUCAGGGGGUUUUGAGGAUGAAAGUUCGGAGCUUUGGUGUGAGUUUCUUAGUCUUUUGAAGUUCAAACUGCGUAGAGAUGUCUCUCUUGAAGACUGGUGUCCGUUUGUUAUUGAGAACUCAUCCAAAGUUUCAGAUGCAGACUCUGAGAUGGUUGCUGCUGUAGUCUCUAUUCUGAAAGCUUUAGGAGAAGAUCCAUCAAGGAAAGAGCUGGUUUCCACUCCAACCAGGUUCCUUAAAUGGAUGAUGAAGUUCCAGAACGUUAACUUUGAGAUGAAACUAAACAGAUAUGACUGCAAACUCAAGGAGAGAAAGCUGAGUUGUGAGACUAAUAUUCAGUUUUGGUCAAUGUGUGAGCAUCAUUUGCUUCCUUUCUAUGGAGUUGUGCAUGUUGGGUACUACUGUGGUGAUGGACUAAAACCUCUUGAGAGGUCGUUGGUGGAGUCUGUUGUAAAGUUUUAUGGGUUUAAGCUGCAAGUGCAAGAGAGGAUGACUCGGCAAAUAGCGGAGACAUUGUCACCACAGGUUAAUGGGGAUGUAAUUGUGGUGGCGGAAGCUGAGCAUACUUGUAUGAUCUCUAGGGGGAUUGAGAAGUUUGGGAGUAGCACAGCUACAGUUGCGGUCUUAGGUCGGUUUUCGAGUGACCUUUCUGCAAGAACCAAGUUCCUAGAGAGUAUUCAGAAAACAGAAUAGAAGAUGCAUAUUGUUUCUCACAGGAUUAGAUAGAUCUUUAGAAUUGGGGAUCAAGACAGAUCAGUGUUCCAUGUUUGUUGUCUUCUUAUGGUUCUGACUUGUUUCUUUUCUCUACCAUUGUUUUUGUGUUCUGAUUUCUCAUGCCUUAGUAUGUUUGGCUUUGAAAUAUAUUUGUUACGUUCUUCUGAUUAUGAUACAUAAAUUACAUCUUGAAAUUUGUAUA